UGUGGCCAGUGCCCUGGAUUUGAAAGAUCACCUGCAGAAGACGACGAAGAAGUUGGGAGUGGGGCUGAAACGCAAGCUCUGCUUUGCCCUGAGCAUGUUGGGCAACCCACGGGUGACACUGCUGGAUGAGCCGUCGACAGGGAUGGAUCCCAAAGCCAAGCAGCACAUGUGGAAAGCCAUUCGUGCAGCAUUUAAGAACAAGGAGAGAGCAGCAAUCCUGACCACUCACUACAUGGAGGAGGCAGAUGCUGUCUGUGAUCGUGUGGCCAUCCUGGUGUCUGGGCAGCUCAGGUGUAUAGGUACUGUCCAACACCUGAAGAGUAAGUUUGGCAGAGGAUACUUCUUGGAAAUGAAAUUAAAAGAAACAGAAGAGGAGCAGCAGUUGGAGUACCUGCAGAGCCAGAUCCUGCACAUCUUCCCCAAUGCCAACCGCCAGGAAAGUUUUGCUUCUAUUUUGGCAUAUAAAAUUCCUAAAGAAGAUGUACAGUCACUUUCACAUUCUUUUUCCAAGCUGGAAGAAGUGAAACAUGCUUUCAACAUCGAGGAGUACAGCUUUUCUCAGGCAACACUGGAACAGGUUUUUGUGGAGCUUGCUAAAGAGCAGGAGGAGGAGGACAGCAGCUUUGGCACCCUGAACAGCACCCUGUGGUGGGACAGGACACAGGAGGACAGAGUCAUUUUCUGA